GCUGAACCGCUGGAGCGAACGCGGUGUAACUGCAGGGCUGUUUAAACUCUCCUCCUGUUUAAGGACCGAGUUUCCCGAGCGGAGCUGCAGUGUCUGAGUGCGGGAUCUCCCUGCUGUGACGGAGAUGCUAGAGAAACACUUCUAAAAUCGGGAGAGAUUUCAUGUGAGCCUAUGGUAUCCAGAAGCAGCUCUGCUACUCAGCAAAUGCCUAAUGAUUUUCUCCACACCAACACAUCUCAUAGAAAAAUGCAGAAAAAUUCCAGCAAAAAGAGAACUCACCACUGCUCGGAGUGUGGAAAGAGUUUUACUGCGCAGGGUAAUCUCAAAAGACACCAGAGUAUUCACACAGGAGAGAAGCCCUAUUCCUGUUCAGAGUGCGGAAUGAGUUUCAAUCAGAAGAGUCAUCUCCAAGUACACCAGAGCAUUCACACAGGAGCGAAACCGCAUCAGUGCUCCGAGUGUGGAAAGAGCUUUACUGACAGAUGUAACCUCCAAACACACCAGCGCAUUCACACAGGGGAAAAACCUUAUUCCUGUUCACAGUGCGGAAUGAGUUUCGUGGUGCUGAGUAAUCUCCAAGUACACCGGCGUAUUCACACAGGAGAGAAACCGUUUCAGUGCUUAGAGUGCGGGAAGAGCUUUACCGAACAAAGUCAUCUCCAAAGACACCAGCAUGUUCACACAGGAGAGAGACCAUAUUACUGCUCAGAGUGUGGGAGGAGUUUUAGUCAAAAGAGUCAUCUGCAAAGACACCAGCGCGUUCACACAGGAGAGAAACCGUAUCAGUGCUCAGAGUGUGGGAGGAGUUUUAAUCAGAAAAGUCAUCUCCAUGGACACCAGCGUGUUCACACAGGGGAAAAACCUUAUUCCUGUUCGGACUGUGGGAUGAGCUUCAUUCAGCUGAGUGGUCUCCAAAUACAUCAGCGUGUUCACACAGGAGAGAAACCGUAUCAGUGCUCAGAGUGUGGGAAGAGUUUUUCACACACUGGUGCCCUCACAAAACACCAGCGUGUUCACACAGGAAGGAAAGCUGGACAAGAGUAGACGGAGUCCAACAUCUAGACUGGACUUCAACCUCCUAAACCCCACUGAAGCAGAUCAGCCAGCAAGGUGAAAAUACUAGCAGUGCCUACAAAGUCAUGACUGUUUGGUGUCUUGGACUCAUGGUUUGGUGUUAUGGAGUUUUAUUACUGAAGUAAUCUUAUUUUGUAAGUUGUUGAUUUGAUUUGUAAUUGUAUUGAUGUAAAAUAUUAAAACAGUGGCUGGAUGGGUAAAAUUAUUAGAGUAUUAUUAUAAUCACCCUCUAAGCAGCUGUAAUACAGCACCAUUUUGAAGCAUAUUUGAACAACUCACAGUGAGAGCUGGUCAAGCAAAACUACAGUACAGCCUCUACACAGCAGGGGCCCAGUUUCCCAAAAGCAUCUUUAUUUGUAAAGAUCAUCUUAACUGGUGGAAAAAGU